GAACUUGUUACUGGACCUAAAUGUGAUCGUUGCCAGCCAAAUACCUUCUUCCUCAAUGACAAGACCCGCUUUGGCUGCAUUGACUGCUUCUGUAUGGGCAUUACCAAGGCUUGUACCUCGUCCAACUGGUAUAGACAACAGGAAUCUGUAUCAUUCACAAAUGAUCGACAAGGCUUUGAGUUGGUUGAUAAGUUCCAAGAGGUUGUUAUCAGCAAUGAUAUAUAUGUUGAUUCCGGUCAGCAAGAGAUUGUGUUCAGUGAGUUCUCUCGUCUAGGCCAAGAGGUAUAUUACUGGAACCUGCCUCAAAGAUUCCUUGGAGACAAACUUUCAUCAUAUGGUGGAAAUCUAACCUAUAGCCUUCGCUAUGUGCCAGCUCCUGGAGGCCAAAGUUCUGCAAACAGCGCUGCUGCUGUGGAAAUAUUUGGAAAUGACAUCACGCUGAGGCACUUCACAAACGGCCAACUGAGCCGUUCACUACAGGCCACGGUGACUGUACCCUUGUACGAGGACGAAUGGGAGAGACAGGAUGGACAAAAGGCAAACCGAGAGCACUUCCUUAUGGUUCUGGCUGACCUGGAGUACAUCCACAUCAAGGCAACGUACACCACAAAUACUCAGGAAGUGGCACUGAAGGAGGUGAUCAUGGAUCAUGCUGAGCCUCGCAACACAGGCCAGGAACGCGCCUUUGCUGUUGAGUUCUGUGAGUGUCCACCAGGGUACAAGGGACUUUCAUGCGAAGAUUGUGAUGUAGGCUACACCAGGAGAUUGUCGGGUGUUUACUUGGGCGAGUGUGUUCCUUGCGAAUGUAACGGACAUUCUGAGGAGUGCGACCCAGAUACUAGUGUCUGCAGUAACUGCCGAGAUAACACCAGUGGUGAUUUCUGUGAGCUCUGUGCCCCAGGCUUUGUUAUGAACAGGCUCGGAAGGUGUGAACGGGAAGAGAAUGGUUAUGCAUGCAACUGUGACCCCAGAGGAUCAUUGACUGAGUCGUGUCAGUAUGGCAUCUGUCAGUGCAAGGCAAAUGUCCGUGGUGAAUACUGUGAUGCUUGUGAAGCCGGCUAUUUUGAUCUGUCAGAAGAAAACCCUGAUGGUUGUCUGAAGUGUUGGUGCAGUGGGGCCACCUCACAGUGUUUCUCCUCAAAUUACUACAGAACCCAGUUGCCAAUGCAGCUGCUUACAGACCAUGGAUUCACUCUUUCAAACCGACUACGAUCGAAUGUUAUCCGUGAAGGAUUUGGCCUCAACUUAGCGAAUAACGAAAUUUCAUUCGAUAACUUUGACGAGCUGAGUGGGGUAGAAUCAUAUUAUUGGUCACUUCCACAGAUGUUCACUGGAAAUCGUCUUGCUUCAUAUGGAGGAAAUCUCACCAUAACUCAGAGAUAUAUUGCCUUCCCUGGCAGUAACACCUAUGCUGACCCAGAUGUCAUUAUUAGGAGUGCAGGUGGCCUAGAGUUCAUUUGGAUGAUCUCACGUUCCCUUCCACAAAAUGCUCUUCAGACGUACACUGUUCCUCUCAUUGAAACCAGCUUUACCAUGAAUCAACAGCCGGCAUCCAGGUCUGAGUUCCUAAAGGCUCUGUCAUCUAUUGAGGCCAUUUUGGUGCGUGCAACACCAAGCAACCGUAUGAGAGCCACAUUCCUGAGAGACGUUAUUAUGGACACUGCAGUACCAUCAAACACAGGGCAGCCGAGAGCAGUCAAAGUAGAGCAGUGUCAGUGCCCACCAGAAUACAGUGGGCUUUCAUGUGAGCAAUGUCGACCUGGUUACUACAGAGACAUUUUCACCAACACAUGUGAGCCUUGCCGCUGCAAUGGACAUGAGGAGUCAUGUACUCAGCUGCCCAGUGGGGAAGUCAGGUGUAAAUGCUUGCCUGGCUAUUAUGGCAACAACUGCGAAGGCUCAGGUCUAGUGCUAGAACUCAAGCCUACAAAAGUAGUCUUCAGGCGAGAUGAUCAUGAACUCCAUGAAAACUUCACGUGCAUGUACCAUGCCUACGAGCCAUACCGUAUCUUGUUUACCAUGGAGCCAGAGAUGGUAAAGAAUGAUGACCCAUUUGCUCUAAGGGAUGUAAGGUUACCAUAUAAUACCGAGGAGUACAGAAAUGGAGAGAAGCACUUCAUAACCCUACGCCUCAUCAACGGUCAUAGAACAGUAACAUGCCGAGUUUUCGAUGAGAAAAACAUGGAAGUAGCCCAGAUGGUCUCACAAAUUAUAUAUAUUGGUGGAGACAGAAGAGCACGUAUACCAACACCAAGUGUAGAUGAUGGAUCAGUGUCACUUACUGUUACUACGCCAACCAUUCAAGUUGCAGCUGUUGGCUCCACAAUACAGAUGCAUUGCCAAGCACGCUCAUUGAAAGGACCACAGAACCGAGUUUCAGUCACCUGGAAUAGAGCCAACGGAGAAUUGCCUUAUGGCAGAGCACAAGAUAAUCGUCAGGGCUUACUCGUCAUUAGUGAGGUACAAGUCUCAGACAGUGGAACAUACAUCUGUACAGCAUCUGAUGGUUUCCACAUUGUGACCAAGACAACUACACUGGAAGUAGGAGGUGGAAGCACUGGAGUACCACGUGUCACCAUUGAGGAAAGGCGUGAGAUCUUGGAACUGAGGCGUGGUCAGACCCUAGAAGUGCGGUGUUCUGCCCAGGGUAGUCCUCGUCCUCAGGUGGUCUGGUCUCACGGGCCAAACCGCGAACGACUUCCCUUCAAUGUACAGCAACAGAAUGGUGUGCUUAUCUUCCGUAAUGCUGAUGUUACCAGUUCUGGUGAAUACUACUGUACAGCAACAAAUUCUGAGGGAACUAAUUAUGCUCGCAUCAUUAUCAACGUAAUCGAGUCAGGAAGCCAGACAUUACCAGAAAGAGUUCCUGUGAUCAUUGUACAGGUUUCUGAACAAGAGGUUGAAGUGAAUGCUGGUGAAACUGUUCGUGUAAGCUGCAGUUCUCCGAGCCCAGGACAGUUGAGAAUCAAAUGGAGUCGACUCGGAGGAACUUUGCCUUCACAAUCAUCUGAAAGGGAUGGACUGUUGUCAAUCCCAAAUGCCCGUGCUGUUGACUCUGGUAUUUAUGUGUGCCGCAUCAGUGACGAGAGGUCCAGCUUCUUUGAAGAAUCUAGCACUCGCAUCACAAUCAGUGAGACUUGGAAUAUGCCUACAGUCCAGAUUCAGCCAGACCGACAAACUGUUAACCAGGGAAGUGAGGCAGAGCUUACAUGUAUUGUAACUGGAAGUCCUCCACCUGAGAUCAAGUGGUCAAAGGUGAAUGACGAGUUUGGCGUAGGUGUACAAAUUGAAGGGAACGUGUUGAGGAUCGUAAAUGCUGUUGUGAGUGACCGGGGAAUGUACGUGUGCACAGCAGAGAAUGCAGGAGGAGUAGCACAAACUGCAGCCAUUGUGGAAGUAGAACGACGUGAACCUCCAGAAGUUCAGAUCUACCCACAAGUCAAGCAGACCAUUGUGGCAGGGGCAAAUGCCCUCUUCCAGUGCCACCUAAUUGGAGGCAUCCCAACACCCACAGUGCGCUGGGCCCGAACAGAUGGUCGACCACUAUCACUGAAUACAGAAAUACUCAACGGCGGUGUCUUAAGAUUCAACCAAGUCCUAGGUGAUGAAGAAGGUUCCUACACAUGUACAGCUGAGAAUGAUGCAGGGAAGGUGACAGCUGUAGCUGUGCUGGAAAUCCAGUCCUUGCCUGUGAUCACUAUCAGACCGGGGCCAUCACCGUACACAUUGCGAGUUGGUGAGAGAAUGCGCUUGGAGUGCAGUGCACGAGGAGAACCAUCACCUUCCGUAACUUGGCAGAAGCUAGAAGUCAACUUCCCAACCACUGUACCCAGCCAAUCGACAGCUCCAAAUGUUGCCAUUUAUGAAGUUCCAUCUGCAUCAAAGUCUGAUUCUGGCACUUAUCAGUGCUCUGCUAACAAUGCCGCAGGUUUAAGUGAGGAGAGGAUCCAGAUUAUUGUUGAGGAUGUGCUGCCAGCAUUCAAGCCCGGUGGAGAUACCACAAUCCCAGUCACACCUGAAGCUGCUACCAUCUUUGUACCUAUUGGAGGAAACUAUGAGUUCUCAUGCUUAAAUCAAGGCCCAGAUGCUUCCUCCACCAUAUAUGACUUUAGACGUAGUGACAACCGUCCCUUACCAAGGGGCUACCGUAUUGAGAAUGGCGUUCUGUAUCUCACGAACGUUGACCAGUCAGCCUCAGGAGAGUAUGCUUGUGUAGGGUCUGACCGCAUAUCAGGAAGGAUUCUUUUCACCAUCUAUGCCACGUUUGAGGUUAUUGCACCCCCACGCAUCACGCUAGACCCUGCACGACAGAUUGUGCGUCCUGGGGAUCUUGUACGCAUCCGUUGUACUGCCACUGGCCCACAGCCCAUCACCAUCAACUGGUCUAAGGAAGGCGGGUACAUGCCACGCACUGUCAUUAUAAAUGGAGGAGAAAUGAUGUUCCGUGGCAUUGAGACUUCUGAUGCUGGAAGAUACAUCUGUCAAGCUGUAAACAAUGCUGGAACUGCACGUGCUGUUGCAGAAGUUGUUGUUAAUGCUGUCAAAGCAGAAGAUACCCUGCCAGAAUUACCACCAAGUCGAGAAGCCGAGAAACAGCCAGGACUCUUCGAUAUUUUAGGAAUUGGAAUUACUGAGGACAUGUUUUUUGACCAAUUUGAGGACGAUGAAGAAGAUUACUUUGAUUCCUCAUCUACCCCUGAAGAAGGCUAUUAUUUAAGUGUAGGUGGUGAGGAAGUGUGCGAUUUCAUGUGUCGAGAUGAGACAAUAUGUGUUCUCUCAAGUCAGCUAUGUGAUGGUAAACGCAACUGCCCUGAUGGAUCAGACGAAGAAGAGUGCUUAAAAGACACCCUGGCAAAAACUUGUGAGGACUCUCCAUGUGGCGACAAGCUCUGCCUUGCAAAACACCAGAUAUGUGAUGGUAUACCUGACUGUUAUGAUGCUGGAGAUGAGCAAGGUUGCAUUGAUGACAUUUUCGACCUGACCAAAUGCUCAGAUUUCUUCAAAUGUGGUGAUGGAAAAUGUUACCCAUUCUACCUCAACUGUGAUGGCGAGUGUGACUGUAAUGACUGUAAGGAUGAAAAGAUUUGCCUCCGAACCAGAAGGCAUAUCAGAAAUGGUAAUAAAUUUCUUGACAAGCAGUGUUGUUUAUUGCAUUGUGGGUUGGGGCAGCAUUUAAUGUUUAGGUUAUGUGUCAUAUUAGUUUCAAGAUGGUAUAGGGUCAUUCUCUUUAAAUUGAGAAUUGUGACUGUUUAUUACUUCGUACUAGAUAUGUUUGUGUGCAUCUUCAAACUUCAGUAUAAACCCCAUGCAGUCUCUUGGUCAAGGCUUAGAGGCAGCCUUCCUUCAAACGCUGUCACUCGUGGCAAUCUCUUGAGGCUGACUUCCUUAAGGCCAGAAGACAGUGGUCAGUAUCAGUGUCAAGUGAGCGGUCCAACAGGAUUCCUCUCCUCCGUCAUUACCUUAAACGUCAUGACGGGACGACAGACCAUGGAUAUCAGAAUCAUACCCAGUCGCUCUAAUGUAAGAAUUGGAGAUGAUAUUGACUUGACAUGUGAAGUGAGUGGCCAGGCACCGGCAUCAGUCACCUGGAGGAGAAUCAACUCACGCCUUCCUCUUAAUGCUCAGCCACGGGAAAAUGUGCUCAGGUUGAUCAAUGUGCAGGCUAACUAUGGAGGAAUUUACCAGUGUGUUGUCACAACUUCCACUGGAGUCUUUGAAGAAAACUUCCCUCUAGCAAUUCAGGGUGUAAUUUCUGCUGAACGUGUGGACUUCGAACAAAACCAACGAUCAGUCAUGACACGAUCUGUAGCAUUUGGGCUCGGUGUUGUCAUGGAAUGCAAUGUCAACCUAACUCCUCCUGUAUCAUACACCUGGUCUAAGCAGGGUGGUGAACUACCUGUCAAUUCCCUUGUUGAAAAUAAUAUCUUGAAUAUUCCAGAAGUUCAUACAGAGGAUGCUGGAUUAUUUGUGUGUACAGCCAGUAAUACUGAAAGAUCUCUAGACCAAGCCACUUUAUUGGUUGUAACAGGAGUUAUUCCAAGAUUCGCAGAAAAUUCUUACUUAUCACUGCCAACACUCCCAAGAGCUUAUCUUGCCUUCGAUAUCGAAAUCUCGUUCAAGCCAGAGAGUGGUGAUGGUCUGAUUCUUUACAAUAGCCAGCGUGAAAGUCAAGAAGAUGGAGACUUUGUUUCCUUCGGUCUGAGUGCAGGUUAUGCAGAGUUCCGCUUUGAUGUAGGAUCAGGGCCAGCAAUUAUCAAGUCUCGUCAGCCCUUGGCCCUGAACAAGUGGCACACUGUCAAGCUGUCAAGGGACAGAAAGAAGGGUAGCAUGAUUGUUGACGAUGGGGAGCCAAUCAUGGGCAGCAGUGUUGGUCGAUUCCUGGGACUGGAUCUCGUAAGACCGCUGUACCUCGGUGGUGUGCCAGACUUUGACAGGAUCCAUCAAGAGGCAGGAUUUACAACUGGUUACAGUGGAUGUAUUGCCCGGCUGGUGAUUCGAAAUUCUUUAACAAUUGAUUUGAUGAGAGAUUCAAAGACUAAGAUUGGUAUCAGGCCGUGCGAGACCUGCAUUGGCAACCCAUGUCAGAACAAUGGUGUGUGCCAAGAAGCAUACACUGAAGUGGGCCACAAGUGUAUUUGUCCAGCUGGCUUCUCAGGGGGAUUGUGUGAGAACACUGGAGAGGCUUGCUACCCAGGUGUCUGUGGAACCGGUCGCUGUGUAAAUAAACCAGGAGGCUUUGAAUGUUUCUGUCCAUUUGGCAAAUUUGGACAGAGAUGUGAGAGGGAUAUAAUGAUUCAGGAACCAGCAUUUGGAGAUGGAUCCUAUAUUGCUUACCAAACGCCAAGAGCACUUAAACGAUUCUCUGUGGACCUUAACUUUAAACCAGAGAGCUUGGAUGAUGGUCUGUUGAUGUACUGCUCACAAAAGUAUCGUGGAGAAGGUGACUUUGCAUCAUUAGCUAUCCGAAACAAGCGCUUGGAGUUCCGUUUCAACACAGGAAGUGGCACUGCUACUCUGCAGAGUGACCCAUUGUUCCAGGAUGAAUGGGUCGAAGUACGUGCUAACAGAACAGAUCGUCGUGGAUCCAUGACAAUCAAUGGAGGCCAAAUGCAAAAUACAGAAUCCCCAGGUUCAAACAGAGGACUGAAUCUUAUCACCCCAUUGUAUAUCGGAGGUGUCGACAAUACCCGGGUGGAAAUCUCACCUGAAGUUGGAGUGGAACAUGGAUUUAAAGGAUGUGUUAAAGAGAUCAAAAUCAUGGACCAACAAGUUCGCAUGGCAGAAUCACUAGUGGACUCUGCCAAUGUUGGACAGUGUGGAGGUGCCACCAUUGCUUUCUGCAGCACAAACCCUUGCCUCAACAAUGGACAGUGUUCAGAGGAUCCAGGCUCACCACAUGGGUAUUCUUGCUCUUGUCAAGAAGGAUACAGAUGUAGACAUACGUGAAUCAGCAUCAUUCUCUGGAGAUUCUUGGGUUGAGUUUGACAAGCUGAUGUUGCCGCAAGAGGAUGGACUGGCUCAAAAAGUCACCUUUGAAUUCUCUACAAUAAAACCUGAUGGACUGCUCUUCUGGUAUGGGCAAGAACCAACAGUGUCUGGCCGAGGACAGGACUACAUCAGUGUUGCCAUUAAGGAUGGAAUAAUAGAAUUCACAUUUGAUGUUGGCACUGGACCAGCGAUGGUAAGGUCACCGAUUCGUGUUGACGAUGGAGAGCGGCACUCUCUCACAAUUGAGAGGACUGGCAGACAAGGAUUACUCGAGUUAGAUUCUUCAGUGCGUGAAUAUGGACAGAGUCCUGGAAUUCUGCAUAUGCUAAAUGCUGAAGGCAAUAUAUAUAUCGGAGGAGUCCCAGACCUGGCUCUCAUGACAGAUGGAGUUUACACAACAGGCUUCCAGGGUUGCAUUCAUAGGUUGUCCAUUGGCGAAGAACAGUUAAUCAAUUUUAUGGAUCGUGCGCUGUCUGGUGUCAAUGUAAAAACUUGUCCAAGCUUUGGUGGAGGAAGGCACUCCACUGAGGGACGGAACUCAGCCAAUUCUGGUGGGUGGAGCUCAGGCAGUUCUAGCAGUUGGAGCUCAAGCAGUUCUAGCAGCUGGAGCUCAGGCGGGUCUCAUGGAGGGAGGUCUGAAGGUUGGAUCUCAGCUGGCUCCCCUAAUCAGGGCAGUUCACGUGUUUACAACACCUAUGAGAAAAAUCAGUACACUAGGCCUGCUUACAACCGCAGGACUUACAAAAGGACUGAGCAAACAACAAGAAAAGUUUACAACUAAAAGGAUACUCAGAAAUGGCUUUGAAACCGCGGAAGCAGAAUCCGCGGAGGAAGAGGAAAGGGAAGGGGACGCCAAAGGGGAUAGUAUGCAGAAGAAAAGAAAUUACAUUUUGUUGCCAGUGUGAGGACUAGUCUUCCAACCAAUCAAUCAAUGGAAAAAACAAUGAUGCAAGGCAUUGAGACCUAACCCGCCACUCCUCCCUGCCAUCAUCAACCGACCUCAUCAUGUGUCGAGGCGGCAACACUACCCACCCUUUGCAAAACUAAAUGUUUUUUGUGUGUGGAUUAGCAACCACAGCCUUGUAAAAAAAAUUUAAAAGAAUCAUUAGAAAAGAAUAAUGAAAAAUAAAUCACACUCAUAAAAAAUAUAGAGAUAUUUGUCCCUCCAGUUAAACAGGCAAAUAGUAGUAUUGGGUGAUCCAUAGAAAAAUAGGUUCCUAAAGGGAUAAUUGUGCCUUGUUGCAGUGAGCGUGCCCAUUAGGCUAAAAGGUGCAUGCGCCCCCUGCCGCCUCCUAUUGCCAAUAGUCCUACAAUGAUAUAUGUAUCUUCUAAAUAUCCUAGUCCAAGAAAUUCCAGUGUUAUCAAAGAAGGUUGUCCCAGCCAUUAGCUGCAAGACAGCUGAUACAAACUGCCACAAUUUUUUUUGCUCUCUUUUAUUUUUUUCCCUUUUUAUUUUAAUUUUUUGUCCAACCAAUCCAGGGUGUUCAACAUUUCUAUCUCAAAUAGCUUUUGUAAGCACUAAAACUUUAUUUUUAUUAUAAUCAACUUAUAACAGCAAUAUUAUGCACUUCAUGCAAUAUUUGUGCCAAAAGGACACAUUGUUUCUCUAAAUGUAAGUUUGUGAUUGUUGAGACCCUCUUAUGGGAAAAUUGUUGUACUUGAAGCAAUAGUUUUAAAAAGUAAAAAAUAAACAAAACAAAACAAAAAACAAAGUCUGUGACAUUUAUUGUGAUGUGAGAGCUUCUAUGUGUGUCUCCCCAGAUGCUUGGUGGUGUUAUUUGUGACAUCUUGUAACAUGUUGUUGUUUUUAGUGUUAUAUCUAACCUUAUUCACAAUGGUGGUGAGCUCUCAAAAGGUGAAUGUGCUCCCCAAAUACAAUGCUUGUCUUUACUCAUGAUAUAGGUGAGCCUCAUAAAAAGAUUGAUAUACUCUUGUUGAAUAUGAUCAUUAUUUUUCUUUGGUGUGUGUGAAGUUACGACCUUUGGUAAUAUUUUUGCUAAGAAAGGAAAAUGUGAAGAAAACAAUAUUGCCUUGUGAUUGCAUGAAGACCAAUUUGCAGCUUUAUUUCCAUUUUUUUUAUAUUUUCUUUUCUUUUUUUUCCAUUUAUCAUCCUUAUUAUUAUUGUGUUUCAAUUGUUGAUUUCAUUUUCUUCAGCUGACAAUGGUGCUACCAGGAUGAACGUUUACUUCUUACUUAAGAUGUAAAAUAGUUGUGUAACUUAAGUUUAUUAUGUUAAUUAACUUUUGCUAUCAACACUGCCAUUAUGUUCAGACUUUAAUUUGGGUUUGUUUCUAGUAAGGAAAUCAAACUAACGUUAUUUUUAAGUUAAUCAUAGCCUGAUAACUGCCAUGCCCAUAUCUUGAGUCCAGUGUUAAAUAGUCACAACCUUUUAUUGAGUCAGUGUUUUAUGGUUAAGACCCAUAUCAUGAGUUUGAUAACUGUAUAGUGUGUUUUUGUGUUGUGCGUGAUCAGUGAAAUAAGCUUUAGAUUGGGCUUCUUUGAGAAUUUGUAGAAUCAUCAUUUCUCCUGUAUACAACUCGCCUCUAAGAAGCACGGUCGGGCAUAUGGUGUGAGAUCCAUGCCCUUAAGGAUGAUGGAUCAGUUGAUAUCAUACCAUCACGUGCUUCAUCCCCUGUAUUUGCCAAGGUCUUAGGUGUUGAGAUGUCCAUACUGUCAUUUUAAAAAGAUUAUGCACAUGGAAGUCACACAGCUGUCUGUACUCUUUCAUGAUGAAUGUAAUUUAAACAAUGCCCUGUUGUUUUGUAAUAUGAUCAGCAGUCCUUCAGUUUGGCCAUGAUUUUCAUUUAAGUUCUUAGUAAGUAAUCAUAGGGGUCAUGAGAAUCUGUGAACAAGGUUUCUGUUGUAAGAUCAAGCAACAUGGCAUAUUAUUAAGGCAUUUUUUUCUGAAUUGACUAAUUGUUUCUUAAUUUUUAGAUUUUCAACUUACUUGCAGUACAGUCUUGUGGGUUCUCUGAACAAAAAGAAAGGAAUUUAGAUCUAACUAGGGCAAAAAAGCAUCACAUUAAAAUCUUUUAUCUUUCUCCUGUCUCCUUUGCCUCUUAAACAGUCUGAUACGUUACUAAGAUCAAGUUUGAAAUUGGAACAUUAUUUUUUUAUAAUCAUCUAUGUCCUUGCUUACGGUACAACAGUAUCAUUGUAGACUGCAUUUUUCUUGUUGUUUUUAUUGCAGUACUUCACACCCAAAUGUAUAUAAUCAGCCAGUGGGAAGCUAAAACGUUAAUUUUGUGCAAACCAUAUCCAGGAUUACCCGAUAUGCCCUUUGUUCACUUCCUGUGGCUUGGUGUUUCCAGGCCUAGUCUCUAAGCAGCCUCCUGACUGCUAAAUGACUCUACCUACCUCUGUUUAUCUUGAUGAUAGUCACUUGAUUAGCGAGGGUCACAUGCGGUUCAUGAGGACAAAACCAUCGCUUCAGACUCAAACAAUAGUGAACAUGCUGGAUCAAGAUUCUCUACACAACUGCUUCUGCUUUGCAUAGUGGCUGGUAUUCUCUGCUGACCAGACUAGAUGGUGUUCAGAGCAAAUACACCACAGCCACUGCUGCUGCUUCAGUUGAUGCCCUUUAGAUGUAGCCCAGUUCUCAGAUAUUGUGUGGGUGUUAUGUGGUGAUGCAAUCCAUUAAAAAAAAGGGAAAAAGAAAAUUAAUCUCUACUUUUUAGAAGUUGUGUCUGAGAAAUAAAGAUAGAGUAUAA